AUGGCCAGAGGCGCCUUCGGCUGGGCGCGCGCGAAGCUGGGCCGUGAGACGGCCCAGGGUGUUACAAUAGGUGUUUCCGUUCCAUGGAAGUUGGGAUUCCCUGACAACGCCGAUUCAUAUAGAAGCCGAAGGAGAAACCAAGUUGAGCGCAAUGCAACCGAACGUGAACAGAUGAGAAUGGAGAUUAUCGCUGAGGUCGAAGCAAGGAUGAAACAACAUAUGGAUAUGCUUGUAGAAAGGAUGGAACAACGGGUCAAGGAGCGAGUACGGGCAAUGAGGCAGCCGGAUGCAGCCACGACACUUGAAUCUCCAUCGGCUCGGCACCGGAGCAGCUGGGCAUCUGCACCAGGCAACGAUCCAGAUAACAUGCUCGAUCAACAAGACUUCCCUAUCGGCGGAUUUGAGGGUAACACCCCCGAUGAUGACAUUCCAAAAGAGGUCCCUGGCGAGAGAUACCCCAUCGACGACAUAGAGGCGGCCACCAAGUGCAAGCUCGUACUGCCCACAAUUGUUGGCGCCGAUAACAUCAUUGAGGUUGGCACGGGCUUGGCGUUCCCAUGUGGCGGGGAUCAGACGAUCCACGGAUUACUGCUAGAGCUUGGUUACGCUAGGGUGUCAAUGGACUUGUGUCACAGGCAGCCGCAGGGCACCAACCUCUGUGGGUUCUAUGUUGCCCAGUAUAUGAUGCAAAUCGUUUGCUCUAGUCCACUAGUAUAUCCACCGUUACAUUCGGAAGUGAGAUGUAUACAACACAUAGGAAAGCUGAAUCAACAGAGCUCCAAUGAACAUGUCAACAUGACAGUACAGACUGAGGAAGCUGAUGUAUUUGACUGCAUCGAUAUAAAUCUACAGCCAGCAUUUGAUCAUCCACUGUUGAAGAAUCACAAAAUUCAGGUUAAACCAAGCUCUUUUCCAUUAGGACCCAACAUCAAGUCUGCACUUAUCCCUAGCAAAUUAGAGGCAGAGCUUUGUACCAUUGAGUGCCCACCAGGAACAAUCCCAAUAUUACGCAAUGGCCAAGGGGCGGUUGGUAUUAUAACGUCUCUAAAUGACGGCGAGGGUCAAGAGGCUGCGGCAAUUAGAACGAAGUAUGACAUAUAUGGAGCGCAUGCUACAAUAAAUAUUUAUGAACCCAUUGUGAACGGAGUGAAUGGGGACCGUAGUGCAGCCUGGACGCAGAUCAAUAACGGGCUUAGCGAAGGGAUUGGAGCUGGCUCUAUUGUAUGGCCAAGUUUCAGCGGGGACAACUUUGCUAGAUUUCACGUUUAUUGGGUAGACAGUGUGCUAAACAAGGAAUGCUAUGAUCUCCGCUGUCCUGGUUUUGUGCAAGUUAGUCAGAGUGUUGGUCUUGGAGGAAGAAUACAGCCGGUUUCGAUUUACAAUGGACAGCAGUAUGUCAUAAAUGUUCUUCUAUUCAAGGAUCCGAAGACUAAAAAUUGGUGGUUAUCAUAUGGUGAAAACAAAACUCCAAUUGGAUAUUGGCCAAGUUCACUUUUUACUUCCAUGACGGACAAAGCUGACCAUUCAUUUGUUGGUGGAUUUGUUCGUGGCCCAACUGUUAAAUCAAACCCACCACAAAUGGGAAGUGGGCAUUUUGCUUCAGAAGGGUUCAAAAGGGCUGCAUUUGUGGAGAACGUUCAAAUCGUAGAUGAAAACAACAAUCUUGUCACACCAGAGCCGUGGUCAAAAUCUAUUCCUGGAACUACCAGAGAGAAGUGCUAUAGCAUGGAUGAUUUUGGAAAAAAUGAUGGUGGCAUGCACGUAUACUAUGGUGGACCUGGUGGUUGUACUUAA